AUGAAUUUUAUAAAGUCUAUAUUCUCAAAAUUCUCAGUACCUACUUAACAAUAGAAACCAAUUAAUUAGAACUCUGAUUUCUCAGUACUUGAUCCAAAAUAUACAUAAGUAAGAUUGAGGGAUGCAAAGUUAUUAAUUAAAGAUAUGAAGAAAUUAGAAUAUGUUCUUAAUUAUUAACCUGAAUCAAUUAAUGAACAACUCAAAAAAUGUUACACUUUACAUAUUAUUUUGAGCAGCGAUUAAUAUUAAGUAAUAGACAAGGUAGUCUCUUUUAGUGAACAAAAUCAUGUAAAUAAUAAAAUAAAAUAGAGAUAAAACCAAUCAUACAAAAUACUUAAACAAAGGCAGCAGCUACUACAAAUAUUAAUUAAACAUGUUAGAUUAUGUCAGAUUAGUAAAUGAUUGCUACAUAGUUCUAAAAUUCAAUGUACCUUAAUGUAUCUGAUGUAAUUAUUUUAAUUAUUUAGUAAUUAUAACUUUAUGAAUAAAUUCAUCAAAAUGAAUCUGAAUUUAUGAACAUCUAUUUCAAUUACAUAUAAAGAAUAACUCAAAAUUUUGAUAUCUAUAAUUCUUGUAAAUUUCAUCAAUAUCCAUAUGAAGAUGAAACCUUUAACAGAAAAUUGUAAUUUGUUUGGCUCUUCAAAAUUAUCAAUAUGCUUAAUUAUAAACUUGCUUUUAUACCAUAUUUAUAAUUCUUAUUUGAUUGCAAAACAUAGAAUUCAUUUAUAAUCAGAGAUAUUGCUUAUUUAGUAUAUAAAGACUGUUUAAUGGAAUAUGGUUUUUUAAGACGUGAAAUUACAGAAAUGGUUGAAUCCUAUUCUUAAUUUUAAGUUAGAGAAUGUAAUAUCUUAUAUUAUAUAAUAAUAGCCUUGUAAUUCUAUGAGUUAGUAAUUAUAAUGCUUGAAAUUAAUUAAAAAAUGAAAUUAUUUUAUGAUAUGAGAUAGUAAUUUGCAUUGAAUUCCUCAUCUGUCAGAGAUAUUAAAUGGUUUGUGGUCGAUAAAAAAUAAUUAAUUGAAAUAGAAAAUUUUAUUUCUAAAGCCAAAUUGCUCAACACUGUUUAAUUCAAGAAAAGCUUAAUGGUACCAACUUAAAAAGUUUUAAUGGAAAAUCUACAAAAACUUAUAUUAGACCCAUCUCUUAUGGAAAAUUCCUUCCUGAAAGUAUUUAUUUGUAAUAUUCCAAGGAACCUAUAACUGCAAAAAAUAUUAAAAAAAUUAACGAACUACUAUAUUCACCAUUAAACUCUUAAAAUAUAAAAAUAUCAAAUCAUUCUAGAUAAUUAUCAAAAAAUUGA